AUGUCAGAUUCUAACAUCACCAACCCCUCCACCUUCAUCCUGCUGGGCAUCCCUGACCUGAAGGUGGAUCAUGUCUGGAUCUCCAUCCCCUUCUGCACCAUGUAUGUCAUAGCCCUCUUGGGCAAUUUCACCGUCCUCUUCAUCGUGAAGAAGGAGCCGAGCCUCCAUGAGCCCAUGUACUAUUUCCUGUGCAUGCUGGCUGUCACUGACCUGGUCCUGUCCACGUCCACCCUGCCAAAAACACUGAGCAUCUUCUGGUUCAAUUCCAGGGAGAUCGAUUUUGGUUCGUGCCUCACCCAGAUGUUCUUCAUAGGUAGCUUUUCAGCAAUGGAGUCUGGGAUCAUCGCGGCCAUGGCCUUGGAUCGCUACGUGGCCAUUUGCCAUCCCCUGAGACAUUCCACCAUCCUGACAAACUCUGUGGUUGCCAGGAUAGGCCUGGCCGUGGUGCUGCGCAGCUGCAUCGUCUCACUGCCCUCUCCCUUCCUGGCGAGACAAUGGCCGUAUUGCCGAACCAACGUCAUUUCGCACUCGUUCUGUGAGAUGAUGUCUGUGGUGAAACUGUCCUGCACGUAA